AUGCAUCGCGCAUACGAUGGCCGCUCCGGCUCUCGAGGCAGUCACAGCAACAGCAGCGCCUUUAGUCCCAACGCCAACGCAAAUGAAGACUGGACCAAGAUCUCCGACCUGGCAGAGCGGAGGCGCAUUCAAAAUCGCAUCGCUCAACGCAACUACCGUAAGAUAGAUCCUACCCCUCCACGAUCUAUGGAAACAAAAACACACACAAAACUACAAAAUAGAGAGUCUAACCAAGACAACCCAACAGGCAAGAAACUAAAGCGUCGCCUGGAAGAUCUGGAAAGACGAGCUGGCACAUCCGCUUCCCCAGAACAAUCCCAUGAAGAGCCAGUCUCGCCCAAGGCCUCUCCCAGCAAGACUCGAUCAAAGCAGCGAGCACCAAAGCCAGAAGUGAAGCCUCACAUGCAAGAUCGUCCAGCCUACGACUACUACACCCCAGAGGAUCGUUCUACCAUGUUUGCUCAGCAAUGUACUCGCCAGCUCUCCGCUUCCCCACCACCAGUCUUCUCCUACCCAUCCAUGUCGCCCUACGACACCUACCGACCAACCUACCAAUCCCCCAUCUACCACAACACCCCCAACACCUACAGCGACAUCAACUACCAAACAGAAUACAGCGAGCCCGUCCCCUCACUAGUCCCACUGCCCUCAAUGCAGCGCAAACUCGCCUACGACGAAGACCUCAUCAGCCCAUUCAGCAUGAGCUACGCAACAAUGGCCGGCAUCGAUCUGUGCCAGCAGCAGGCGCAGGCGCAAGCACAGGCUCAAGCGCAGGCACACGCACACGCCCAGUCACAAGCCCAUUCACAGCCUCAUCCAGAGGGUCUUCCGGUGCCGUCGCUUGGAUACAGUUACGCGGACCAGCGAGCGCCUUCGACAUCCCCGGAGGCUUCGAUCUUUACUUUUCCGCUGACCCCGGAAUCAGUCCCCUGUUCGCCUCAUACGCUGGCCUAUGACUACGAUCUACGCUGA